AUGAAGUUCUCUGUCCAGCUUGCUCUCGCCUGCUUCAGCGUUGGCGUUUUAUCCAAUGCCACUCCUCGCCACCCCACCACCACCAUCCAGAAUGUUAUAGGCGAGUGUCAAACGGGUGUUGACAAUCUCGACACAGAAUGCAAGGCAUACGAUGGCGGUGAUACGUCGCUCUUGCAGAAAACUGCCACCACCCUGGUAGACAUCAUCGUCAGGGGCAACACCGAGAUUGCUGUCCAGCCCUCUCUGAGUCUCUCGGCAACCUUGGAGUUGACCACCACCGUCACAACCUUCAUUGACCACGUCAAGAUUCUGACCGAGACCCUCAAGGCCAAGCGCGACGUUGUCAAGGCAGCUCUGAAGUGUGGGCUCGUUCGCGAAAACAUCGAUGUCAUCAAUACCGCCGCGGGUACCUUUAUCGGGACGGUUGUCGGCAAAUGUAACCCGCUUGCGCAAGAAGUUGCCAAGCAAAAGGCACAAAUUCUCCAAGCUCUUCUCAAUGGCUGCAAGGAGGACUACAGCACUGUAAACUGCCCUUGA